AUGGCUCAACCGGUGAAUGCUGCUGCGGCAUCCCCUGCUGCUCCUGCAGGUGAAGGCAUGAUGACUGAUGACCAGCGCUUCCUCCUGACCGUCAUUUUUGGAACAUACUUUGGGCCCCAACUCAAAGGUGAAAGGUCACCCUACAAGUCGGCGAUGCAGAGGGUAUGUGAGAGAUUGCCACGGUAUACUCAUGAUCAGCUGGCUGGGUCCCAGAUGAUGGUGGUGCAAAUGAUACAUAUGUAUUAUCACAUACUUAGGAAGGCUGAUAAAUCGGUCGUGCUGGCCCUGUCAUUUUUGCUCAAGUUCCUCCAUGACACACUUCCAGCCAAAGUGCUUGGUCCUACUAGCAAUUACCCUCGGUUCAUCGACCUAUUUCCAAUUGACCUGCACCCUUGGUCUUUUGUCGAGGGGCGGUUUAUGGCAAUAGACAAUGUCGUCUUCAUCGAUAACCCGAGCACCUCUUUCCUCAGGGAAGAGGUAGUUGCAAGGUUCAAGAGUUUGACUGGGCUGCAGGAGUUCAUUCUUGAUAAAGACGUGGCCAUACUACCUGCUUACGUCACCGAAAAAUCAUUCUAUGAAGUGGUAGCAAGGGACGCGCAAUCAGAGGGACAGGAUAAUUUUUUCAUGCCUUAUGGUGGUUCUCACCGAAGAAGAUGCAAGAGUAAUGUGGCUCUAGAUGUAAAGCCUCUUCGAAUGGUUCCACACGAAGGCUCACCCUCCUCCACGUCGGCAAGGUCCUCUGGAGUACGCGACACCUACAUCAAGGCUCAACUUGAUCCUAAGGUGGUGUUUUCUCCACUCAGUACGACGGAGGUGCAAUAUCAUGGUGCUGCAGCCGCCUGUAGUGCCGGAGUCGGAGUGGCUGGGAAUGCGGACGUGAGGCUUACAGGAUCCACCACCUGGCGUGUGAACCUUGCGGAGUCUGAAGACUGUUACCUGUUCCAGGUGUCACUUCCAGGGGUCAGAAGAGAUCAAACAUUUGGUUGGGAAGUUGACAUGAGCGGCGAGGUCUUAAUUGAAGGAGAGACUGCCACGAGUGGGCAGGUGGUUGAGAGCAGAACAGGAAAUCUCUGUCCAUCCGGACACUUCUCUCUCUGUUUUCAGCUGCCCAGUCGAGUCGAUCCCAGACUGUCCAACUGCAACUUUGGCUCAGAUGGGAUCUUCGAAGGAGUUGUGAAGAAGCUGAUCGACAAUUGA